CUCACCUUCACACAACCAACUUGUAUUUAUUAUAUUUUUCUUGUAAUUUGAGCAUUUUGGAUAAAUAUAAAAUAAAAUAGAGUUACAAUGAGCCACUCAGCUUUGGCCAGCUUGACCGCACAGUACACGGACUCGGAAAACGAGGGAGAUGCGAGUCCCGAUUCACAAAACUCCACAGCGUCACAGGUAAUUAUACCGAAGCAGCCAACUCCACAGCCAGUUACGCCAGUUAAACAGGAGUCAGAGCCUAAGAAAUCCAAGAAGAAAAAACGAGCCAAGAAGUUGCGACGUUUAGUGAGUUACCAGGAUGAUACUCUUAUUUCGGAUGAGGAGGAAGAUCGCGCUCCCGAGUCGAGCGAAGAGGAGUCGUCAAGCGAGAGCGCCAACUCGGGAGAGGAUGGCGAGCACCACGAGAACGGCAAAGAGAAGAGCGGAGGCAAAGCUGAAGGAAAUGCAGAUACGCCCAUGGAGGUGGACGACGAUGAUUCCAAUACAUAUAAUGCCGAUGAGCGAUCGGCGGAGAGUUACGAAAAGGAUCCAAAGUACGCCAAAUACAAAUUCCAACUGCCUCCCGAACCGAAAGGUAACCCGCCUCCAGAGUUGGUUGCAAAGAUCACAAAAAUGUACACUAAGAUGCGACAAACGAAUAUGGACAUGAAUCGCGUUAUACAGGACCGCAAGGAGUUCCGUAAUCCAAGCAUCUAUGAGAAGCUCAUCAGUUUCUGUGACAUCAACGAGUUUGGCACGAAUUAUCCGCCUGAAAUCUACGAUCCUCUGCAGUGGGGCGAGGAGAGUUAUUAUGAAUCUUUGUCUGCCGUGCAGAAAACUGAGAUGGUUAAACGGCAAAAGGAUCGCAAGGAGAUGGACAAGGUGGAGCAGGCGACGGCGCUGGCACGCAAGGUCGAAGAAGAGGCCAAGAAGCGCAAAUCAAAGUGGGACCAGCCUGCUGCAAAGCAAACAUUACCUGCAUUGACCACAACAGUGACGGGCACUAAAGGCACGGUUAUAUCCGCUUUCGGUUCGCUGCCCAAGAAACCAGCAGUUUAAUUUAUAAUACAACUUUUAAAUAAAAAUAACUAAUUGUGAAAA